AUGGUUCUCUUUAAACGGAAACCCGUGCAGUUCCUACCGCAUCCCGACGACAUAGAUGAUUCCACCGAGGUUCGUACCGACACCGGUAUCUGGCAUAUCUCACAAACAGGCGAGGUCUUCGCUACUUACGAGGACUAUCUCAACAGGAUGGACUUUUAUAAGCAGCGGCGGUUCAUUUGCCAGAUCACUGGACACUCCGGGCUGAACUUUUUUGAAGCUUUGCAGAGCGAGCUCGCCGGCGCCAAGGAAGUUGAACAGUCCUUCCCAGAAGCCCUCAAGGGUCCGAUCCUCCGUCGCGUCCAAUUCCAAACCGUUUCUCGAAUUGAUACGCUCGUGGACAUGAUCUACGAGGAAUUCAACCGCGACUACUAUCCGGGAGAGAAUGUGACCGUCCACGUCGUCAGCGGAGAACGCCUGCAAGGAGUAGUGCGCGACAAGACACGCUUUGGUAGCAAAGUCCUUCCCGACGGCACACUUACCGAGCCAUUCUCCCGCUACUUUGUAAGCCUUGAUUCGCGACCGGACGAGGAGGCAGUGGUGGACGAUACACACAUCUGGCGGGACCGGAAAGUCUUUACCAAAUCGGUCCUGCGGUCUUUUAUCAAAAAGACUGUCACGAGGGAAGCAUGGAACGGCGCACCCUGGCUUGUCAAGCACGACGUAGCUGCCGAAUAUCAUAUCGACACCCGGAUUCCACCCCAUCUACGCUACGACACCAAGUUGCUGGAGAGGAAACAGGUGCAAGCUCAAAAGAAACUCGUGCAGCCCCUCGACAUCAACGGCCUGAACAGCUCAUUCUCCGGUCCCGUACGCCUGCCUGAACUCAGGGCUGCACCUAAGACCCAGAAGAGCAAGCAGGCGCCCACCCAGCUAGCUCAGCAGGGACACACCACCAAGGGGAAGCAACACCCGUACGUCAAGUCGGAGGGCCGCUACAUGCAGAUCCCGCUUUCUGCCAACGGCUUCGAAUUCCCGAACUCCCUCCGGGAUUCUGGUACCCCUCCAGUGUAUUCGCAACCCGAGCCGCCACCGCCGCCUCCACCCAAGUAUCCCAUCGAGGACUUGCAGCUCGAGCCGAGAGAUGUAGUGCGACCAUUGCUCAAGUUUAUGUGCAACGACCCCCCAGUCCAAGUCGACAGCGUUCCCGCCGAAUACGAAAAGAUUCGGAUGAAGUCUGUCGGUCCGCUGCUGGAGACGUGGGACACACUCAACGUCUACUGCGAGAUAUUCAAACUCGACUCUUUCACGUUUGAUGACUAUGUGCAGGCCAUGCUUGUAGCCUCAGAAGAAACUCCGGUGCAGCUGUUUGAUGAGAUACACUGUUCGGUGCUCAAGGUUCUGGUCAGUUCCGAGGCCGACGGUGGGAAUGUUGAGAUCAAGCUCCCCGAGAUAGACGAGGAUGAGGAGGAAGACGAGGAGGAGGAGGAAGAAGAGGAAGAAGAGGCCGAGCCGGAGCCAAAACCCGCCGCUCGCGCCACCCGGAGCAGCAUGGCGAAGUUGGAAGCGGAGAGACUCGCAGAAGAGGCAGCCGCCGCCGAAAAGGAGAACCAGAGCGAGCCGGCGCUAAUACACCGCGCGGAAGAAGCUUUGCAAGGCUUCGAUUGGAUCGAACAGCUCCGGAAGCGCGAGUUCAAGGAUGGAGGCUGGGAGCUGAUCAUGGUUGGCCUUCUGCAUCAACUAUCCAAAAAUGAGCGGCACACGGCGGCGUGUGAGGAACUUCUCGCUCAGAUUGUCCCUCCUGAUGUCGAGGCCACGCAAGAGACUGUCCGACAGCAUUACGCAGCUCUCGACAUCAACUAUCGGGUACAGGCCCUCCAGAUCAUCUGCAUGCUCACUGCCGAGACCAAGGCUUUCCGGGGCUACAUGGAGGAUUGCAGCGAGACCAUGACGGCGUACCGGAAAGAGAAGAUCGAAUGGCAGCGGCAGAGAAAACAGGCAAUCGAGGAACUGAAGGCUCUGAACGAUCAGCGCAAGAUUCUCCUGCCCGAGAACAUGCCACCUUCUCCGCCGCAGGAAGCGACCAAGGUCAACGGCGAUGUCAAGAUGAGCGAUGCGGAUGAUCUCACUCCUGCUGAGGAGAUCGCCGACACAGAGGAUGAAGUUCCGGUCAAGACGCCACGAUCCCGCGGCCUACGCCGGGCGGAGGACCGCGCUCUGGAGCGCAAGCGAAAGAGGGAGGAAGAACAGGAACGCAAGGAGAAGGCUGAGGCCGCCGCCAAGGUUCCGAAACAAUCCAAGCAAUUCAUCAAGAUCCUUAAGGACAUCGAGAAGAAAGAGGACUUCAUCAAGAAGUGCGAGGAUGAGGUUGCCACUAUCGAUAACGACCUACGUGAGGCUGAUUGCCCGCGCACUCGCGUCCUCGGCAAGGACCGAUUCUGGAAUAGAUACUACUGGUUUGAGCGCAACGGUAUGCCGUAUGGAGGCCUGCCAAACAGCUCAACUGCCGAUGCAGGCUACGCCAACGGUUGCGUCUGGGUUCAGGGUCCCGAUGAGAUGGAGCGGGAGGGAUACAUCGACAUGCCCGACGAGUUCCAGAACGAGUACAAGGCCAAGUUUAACAUGACUGUUCCAGAGCGCAAGAAGCUCGAGGAGGGCCCGACGAGCGUCUACAACGCCAGACAGUGGGGCUAUAUCGCCGAGCCGGAGCAGCUCGACGCACUCAUUCACUGGCUUGACCCUCGUGGCUUCAACGAGCUGAAGCUGCGCAAGGAGCUCGUCGCGUUCCAUGAUAAGAUCACGCAGAACAUGAAGAACCGCAAGACGUACCUGAAUAUCGGCGACGAGACCAAGGAGGAAGACGGGGAGAAGAAGGAAGAGGAGGAGAAGGCGAAAGCCAGCAAGCGCAUGAGCACCCGGACCCGUGCCGUACAGACGCCCGAGCCGCCAUCAUACCGGUGCCUCAAGUGGGAGAACACCAUGGCGGUCGAGGAGCUGGGGCAUCUGCACAGCGAGCAGCCGCCCCCACCUCCGCCAGGCCGGGCGCGCAAGCAGAGCCGCAAGAAGCAGGAGGUGGUGGUAGAUCCGGAGCCGUCGCCUGAGCCGCCGCGGAAACGAACCAGGCGGCAGGGAGCUCGAUAA